ACAGAAACUCAGACCAGUAGAAAUCGAAGCGAAGCAAUUUAAGGCUUUAAGCAACUGAAAAUCCAACACAAGGAAGAAGAAGACACAAAAAAAACUAAAAUGGAGGAAUCACUGCGAAUUAAAGAAUUCGAUGAAGUUACUUCCGCUGAAGAAUUCGAGUCUCAAAUUGAACCCCUAAACGUUCCCGCGGUUUUUAGAGGAUGUGUGAAGGAUUGGAAAGCUUUCCAGAGCUGGAAUCCUACAAAUGGCGGUCUCGAUUAUUUGCAGGAGCGAGUACAAUCAGCUAUUGUGGAGGUUAUGCUAUCAAGAUCAGCACCGGUUUUCUAUGGUGAUAUCAGAAGCCAUGAGAGGGUUCCGCUGCCGUUUUCUUCAUUCAUUGAGUUUUGUAAGAGGGGUUCAGACAAAGAUGGAAUCCAUGAUGCCUGCAGUGAGUCAGAGAUACUUGAGAGUGUGGCAUCCGAUGCUGAUUUGUGCAAUUCGUUAACAAAUGCUCGUGAUCAGAUUUAUUUAGCACAGGUCCCGAUCUUGAACAGGGAGAAUGAAGAAAGGGUGCAAUUAGAAAGUUUACAGGAAGACAUUAAAAUACCUUCUUUCUUGGGACCAAAUAAAUUAUCUUCUAUCAAUUUGUGGAUGAAUAAUGCAGAGUCUAGAUCGAGCACCCACUAUGAUCCUCACCAUAACCUUUUAUGUGUAGUCGCUGGUUGCAAGCGAGUUGUUCUAUGGCCGCCAUCUGCUGGCCCGCUCUUGUAUCCUAUGCCAUUAUACGGAGAGGCCUCUAAUCAUAGCUCUGUCACUCUUGAUUCUCCUGAUUUUUCGCUUCAUCCACGAUUUGAACGCGCGCAUGAGUCUUCCCAGAAAGUCACUCUUCAAGCAGGAGAUGGGCUUUUUAUUCCCGAAGGCUGGUUCCAUCAAGUUGAUAGUGAUCAGUUGACUAUUGCUGUUAACUUUUGGUGGAAAUCUAACAUGAUGUCUAGCAUGUUGGAACAUAUGGAUGUAUAUUACUUGCGUUUAAUAUUGAGAAGAUUAGUUGACAAAGAGAGGAAUCAGAUGUUGCCGAAAAUUUCUGGUGCGGGUUCUGGUAAAGUGAGAGACUGCAGAAGUGAGGCAUCUGACAAUGAAAAACCAGGUAUUCAAGAAAAUGUCAAGUUUAAUGUGAAUGUCAAACUUCAUGAUCUUUGCCCCCCAACAUUUGAAGCUCUUCACAAACUUGUUUCUCUCGUCCAUGACGGGGUCAAUGCUGUCAGUCAACCAUGCCCUUCAACAACUGAUUCUAGAGUGAUUCCUGAUAGUGAUGGAAAAAACACGAUGAUUACUACUAAGUCACUCAAUUCGGCCUCUCAACAAGAUCAAUGCACUUCAAAAUGUGAUUCAGGAGUUAUUCCAGAUAAGGACUCCAAGAACAUGGUGGUAUCUAACUUGUACAGCCUGGAAGAUGAUUCCAUUGCCAAUAUCCUCUUGAAUCUUGAACCAAUUGAUCUUAUGACUGUCUGUCUGGCAAUGGUGAACAGUUUCCCCAGAACCUUAGAGGCUUUGAUAUUACACAUGCUUUCGCCAGUAGGGGCUGAAGUUCUUACACGAAAAUUUGAGGAGUUAGAUCAGCAGAUGACUGAAGAAGAUCGGAGCGCAUUCUACCAGAGGUUUUACAGUGUGUUUGAUGAUCAGUUUGCUAUCAUGGAUGUGAUCUUGAAAGGAAAAGAGUCAUUUGCACUUCAGGCUUUCAAGAAUGUUUUGCAACUAUACAUGGGAGUCAGAGAGUGACACUGAGGUGGGUCCCAGUUUAAGACACUCUGAUGAGUGAUGAGGCACUGAUUAAUUUUCCGACAGCUUUGGUCUUGCCUGUGAUGGAUGGAUAGUAAGAUCAAGUGCUUAAACAGUUGAUUUUCUUUGUCCUCUGCGACGGCAUACUUUCACAUGUGAGUCACUCAUUACAUAAUUUACAUUAUACUCCUCCUCUGUAGAAUAUUCAUGAUUCUAGUUUGAAUACUCCACUAAUUUAUUUAUAGAUAUUUAAAUGCUUGUGAACUUGCUGUAUAAUUCAAAAUUUUCACUUUUCUGUGUUGAGUACAGUAAAAAAAAAAUGAUUCUAUGA